AUGGCUGUGAAAACAUCCCAAUCUGAAGAUCCAACCUUUGAACUCAUGACGAGAACAGGGACUCUUCGUCGUGAGGGCACCCGCUCAGAGAUGCAAGAUCUUGAAAUCAUUGCUUCAGCGGGUGCUUCAUUUCGACCAGGCGACAUUCCUCCUCCUCCAGAUGGUGGCCUUCAUGCCUGGACGCAAGUCGCCAUGGGCUGGAUCGCCAUCUUUGCAACAUGGGGCUAUGUCAACUCUUUUGGCAGUUUCCAAGCCCACUACACUUCUACACUCCCUCAGACACCGUUCCAAAUCUCAUGGAUUGGGUCUAUCCAGGUCUGGUUCACUUUCUUCGGAAGUGCCUUUUCUGGAAGACUGUUGGAUGCUGGGUUCUGGGUUCCUACCUUCAUUGUAGGCUCGACACUACAGCUUCUGGGAAUUUUCACAAUGAGCUUGUCGACUUCGUACUGGCAUCUCAUGAUAACUCAGGGCGUCGUCACAGGUAUCGGUGGAGGAAUCAUCUUUGCCCCUUCGCUGGCUCUGGUGGCGACAUACUUUGAGAAACGAAGAGGUAUAGCCAUCGGUCUCGUCACCACUGGCAACUCUCUAGGCGGAACUGUUUAUCCUCUCGUUGUGAGGACGUUGCUCCCAGAGAUUGGAUUCUCAUGGACGGCAAGGGUGCUGGGGUUUAUUAACCUCAUAGGUUUUGUUCUGGUGGCUAUCUUUAUGAGGCCUAGACUUCCGCCACGACAGACGGGACCGAUCAUCGACUGGACGGCGUUUAAAGAUGUGCUUUAUCUUUGCUAUGUGAGCGGCUUGUUCUUUUUCGUGUGGUCUGUUUACUACACUUUCUACUAUCUUGCAUCGUUUGGACAAGAUGAAAUCGGCAUGUCAUUCGCUGAUUCAUCCAUCCUUACAACCAUCAUCAACGCCGUCGGUCUUCCAACCCGAGUUUUGAUUCCCUUCCUCGCUGAUCGAAUCGGUCCAUUAAACACCAUCGCUCCAGCUGGAAUGUGCGUAGCCAUCGUUGCGUACACAUGGCUAGCAGUACACAACGAAACAGGAGUCUACGUCUUUUCUAUCUUCUACGGCAUAGCAUCAGGUGCUUUCCAGAGUCUCAUGCCUACUGGUGUUGCUAGUAUCACAACUAGGCUUGACACCAUUGGUACGAGAAUGGGAAUGUGUUUUAGUCUUAUUUCCUUUGCGGGUUUGUCUGGACCGCCUAUCGGUGGCUUGCUGCAGUCGAAGAGUCUGGAGGGUGCACAUGUUUGGGCUGCUUUGUCAAGUACACUCGCUGCAAUUCUUCUAGUGUUGGCGAGAGUGCUGAAAGUAGGAUGGAAGGUAAAGACUCGAUGUUAA